CGCUGCAUGAGUUCGCACCCUUAGAAUUGGUUUUGGUCUGUCAUCUGUCAAUCUGUCGCUUUUGUCGACUUUUGUGGCUAAAUUAAUCGAUGUCAAUGAAUAUCGCAUAUAAAUCAGCGAAUAAUAUCUUAUAUAUAUUCUUAUCUGUCAUAAAAAUUAUUACAUUGACAUGAUAGAUUAGUGUAUGACUGCAAAUUUAUAAUUUGAUUGACAGUUACUCAAUUAUUUCAUAUUGAUGUCUGACACGUAUAUUUUAUUUGUUAACAACAUAAUAAUGUAGAAAAUUAAUAAUUUCCAUCAGUAUUAAAUAAAAAUGGAGGAGAGAGCAAUGCUAUGGAUGCUUUCUCUUGUUAUGUUUGUUGGCUCUUGUGUAGCAGGAUCAUUGCCAUUAGUUAUAAAUUUGUCAGAAGAUAAGUUACAAUUAGUAUCAAUAUUAGGAGCAGGACUUCUCGUUGGUACUGCAUUAGCAGUGAUUAUACCUGAGGGUAUAAGAGCAUUAUUCACUGGUGGAAUUUUUAAUGAAAAAGGAUUAUAUAGUGAUUUACAUUCUUUAAUUGGAAUUAGUUUAGUACUUGGUUUUGUAUUUAUGCUUUUGAUCGAUCAAUGUUCAGCUAGAAAAAGUGGAGGAAGACAAAAAAGUAUUACAGCAACUUUAGGUCUUAUAGUACAUGCAGCUGUUGACGGAGUUGCAUUGGGAGCUGCUGCUACUACAUCUCAAGCUGAUGUCGAAGUGAUAGUUUUUUUUGCAAUAAUGUUGCACAAAGCACCAGCUGCAUUUGGACUCGUAUCAUUUCUUCUUCACGAAGGUGUAGAUAGAAAGAAGAUAAGUAGACACUUAUUAAUUUUCUCUCUUGCGGCACCAUGUCUUGCACUUGUGACAUAUUUUGGAAUUGGAAAAGAAGGAAAAGAAACAUUGAGUAGCGUCAAUGCGACUGGUUUGGCUAUGUUGUUUAGCGCUGGAACAUUUCUUUACGUAGCCACCGUACAUGUUUUGCCAGAAUUAAUGACAAGAAACAAUAAUUAUUCACAUUUGUCAAACAUCGAGGGUACAACGUCAUCUGCGACUGGACUUAAAGUUAAAGAAAUAUUAUUCUUGGUAAUAGGAUCAUUUUUACCCGCUUUGAUUACAACUGGACAUCAUCAUUGAUUAAAAUAAGUACUAUAUAAAGAAAAGAUUUUUUUUUUACAUCCGUAAUGUUUAAAAACAUAAUUAUUCUAACUUAUGAAGCUUUAUUCUUAUAACAUAAAAUUAUUUUAAGUUUAUAAGAAAUAUAUUGUUAAGAUCAACAUAAAUAUAUAUAUAUAUAGAAAAAGAUACAAGAACCACUGAUAGAUGUGCAUUCCACAGCGCAAGAGAUCUAUUUUUUUAUAAAGAUAUGAUUUUGAUUAUCAAAAAAUUUUAAACAUUCAAGAUGUAUAUAUAAUAUUUCUAGACUAUUUGAAUCUGUCUAAAUCUAAUAAAUAUAAUAAAUAUAAUAAA